UGGAUCGGUGAGAUUGAUGUCGUGGGAUUUCAAUUGUUUUAAUAACAAUUCAUCAGUUACUGAUCCUACGUAUGCAUACAUAUACUUCGUUGUCUUUGUUAUGACUUUGUUGAUAGAACAUAGCAUCUUCUGCCGGUCGCUGGACUUUUCUCAAUCCCAGUCUUUUUCAUAUAAACACACCCACGCAUCUAUCAUAUAUACAAGCUUUACUCGUCUGCCAUUUUCUCCUUUCUUUUUUUCCUAUAGAUUUUUCAGGUUACAUUAUCUUGAAUUUGAAGGUUUAAGGGAUACACAGGAAAACAUGGGGACAGGCAACGAAGCCAACGGAGGAGGAUCGUCGGGGCUAACCAGGAGGAGGGUGUGCACGUUCAGGAAAGACGAUUUUCUCCCCGAGGAGUCGUUCAAGAGCUGGAGCAACUACGCCAGUGCAUUGAAACAGACUCCCUAUCGGCUGGUGGACCGGAUUUUCACCCGGUCGAGCGUUGAAGCGGAGCUGGAGGUGAAGGCGCGCAGUGGGAAUGAGAUGAAGAAGACGCUUUCGUGGUGGGACCUAAUGUGGUUCGGCAUGGGUGCCGUCAUCGGUGCCGGAAUUUUCGUUCUCACCGGCCUCGAGGCUCGUGAGCACGCUGGCCCGGCCGUCGUGCUGUCCUACGCCGUUUCUGGACUCUCCGCCUUGCUUUCUGUCUUUUGCUACACCGAGUUCGCCGUGGAAAUCCCUGUAGCAGGUGGUUCAUUUGCCUACUUGCGGGUGGAGCUUGGUGAUUUCGUGGCCUUUAUUGCUGCUGGAAACAUCCUGCUUGAGUAUGUUAUUGGUGGUGCUGCGGUAGCUCGUUCAUGGACAUCUUACUUUGCCACACUCUGUAACCACGACCCAGAUGAUUUCCGUAUCCUGGUCCAUGGUCUGACCGACGGCUACAACCAACUUGACCCUAUAGCUGUUGGUAUCAUGAUUGUCAUCUGUAUAAUUGCAGUUGUCAGCACAAAAGGCUCCUCGCGUCUCAACUACAUUGCCUCCGUCGUUCACAUGGUCGUCAUUCUCUUUAUCAUCAUAGCCGGUCUCAUCAAAGCAGACCCCAAAAACUACACUCCCUUUGCACCUUUUGGUCCCCGUGGCAUCUUCAAAGCUUCUGCAGUUUUGUUUUUUGCUUACGUUGGUUUUGAUGCAGUUUCUACCAUGGCCGAGGAAACUAAGAACCCUGCUAGAGAUGUUCCUAUAGGUCUUGUCGGUUCGAUGGUGAUCACCACUACCAUAUACUGCCUGCUAGCGAUAACUUUGUGCCUUAUGCAGCCAUACACAAGCAUUGAUGUCAAUGCUCCUUUUUCAAGGGCAUUUGAGAUGGUAGGGUGGAGUUGGGCUCAAUAUGUAGUUGCUGCUGGGGCAUUGAAGGGAAUGACAUCAGUUCUGCUCGUUAGUGCCGUGGGACAGGCCCGCUACCUUACCCACAUUGCCCGUACCCAUAUGAUGCCCCCAUGGUUUGCCAAAGUUGAUCACAAGACCGGAACACCCAUUAAUGCCACCAUAGUCAUGCUUGCAGCUACUGCAGUCAUCGCCUUCUUCACAAAACUGGACAUCCUAUCGGAACUACUGUCAAUCUCAACACUCUUUAUUUUCAUGCUUGUAGCCCUUGCCCUUCUUGUUCGUAGGUACUAUGUUAGUGGGGAGACAACACCUGAAAACCGCAACAAGUUAAUUGCCUUCCUUGCCCUAAUUGUUGGAUCCUCAAUCGCCACAUCUGCUUACUGGGGAAUUAGCAAGACAGGUUGGAUUGCCUACUGCAUAACCGUACCCAUCUGGAUUUUGUCUACUGCAGGACUCUGGUUUUUCGUUCCCCCAGCCCGUACUCCUAAGCUUUGGGGAGUUCCCUUGGUGCCUUGGUUGCCAUCAGCUUCCAUUGCCAUAAACAUCUUCCUCCUGGGGUCAAUAGACAAGCACUCAUUUGAAAGAUUUGCCGCAUGGACUGCAUUCCUCUUGGUUUACUAUUUCUUCUUUGGGCUGCAUGCAUCAUACGAUACUGCCAAAGCAUUUGGUGUGAAGGCUGGACAGGAGGGAAUGUAUAGAAAAGUUGAAGAAGGUCAGGUAUCAUCAGCGGCUAUUUCUGGAUUUGAUGGUGUUGAUACCAGAAAUGCCCCUUCUGCGCCAGCCCCCUAGAUUAAUUUCCAACUUGUCUUGCUAGUGUGCAUAUUUUAUCUUGUUUGUGCAAUUUGUCAUUGCCAGCGUAUAUGUAUUUCAAUUUCAUAAUGAUGUCACUUGGUCAAUUGAGUA